GUCGCGGUGCUUCGGCGGUGGGAAGCCGGCAAGAUGGAGCUGAUGUCAUUGCGUGGGCUUCGGUCUGGUUCUAAGGAAGUUGCUCCCUUUCUGAGAAACUCCGUAAACAGGAUUUUGCAUUUGCCAAGAAGUCAUUCUCCUCCCUGCCCUGGCUCAUGCCCCUCCUGUCUCCGUUCCCGCUACAGACUUAAGAAGAACCCGGUCACGGUUAAUACGUCUAGGUCUACUGCUGGUAAGAGCUGCGAUUCUUUUUCCCGGCCAUAAUUGACAUCAGUACAUCAGACGAUACAGUUUUGUGUUGACUUUGUCGUGGAAAUAAACUCUAUACCUGUCGUGUCAGGCGGAAUAUAAAACCCCAAAUCUGGAAACCGAAAGGGAACCGCGGAGAAGGCUGCAGGAUUAGGGCGUGGCUGUGUGCCUGAGUUGUCCCAGCAGCACCCCCUAUAGGAAUUCCCCAGCAUGUGCAGCCGAUUACUAUGGGUGCUGUGUGUGCUCCUUCAGGUCCUGGGGCAUGUCUGCCUAAUCGGGCAGGAGUUGCCUGUUCCAUAUGAGCUCAAGGUGAAUGCAGCUGGAUGGUCCUUGUCUCUCACCUGGAAGAGUCAUUUAUAUAGCAAGACACUACUCUACGAGGUUCAGGUCCUUCAAGAAGACAACAGUGUGCCUGUACAUCACGAGGUCCUAAGAAACACUGUGAACCAGGAUGCCAUGAGCCAGACCUUCACGGUCCACCAUUGGGAAUGGAUCUCCUACUUACCCCUGAACUGCAUCUCACACAGCGUCAGAAUCCGCUCACAAUUUGAGAGCCAGACCAGCCAGUGGAGAGCCAUUACUGUGACAGACACUCCUGAAGAAAGGAAUGUGUACCCUACGGACUCAGUGGUGCUGGUCGGCAGCCAGGUGUCGUUCUGCUGUGUCGUGCAGAAAGAAGAUUUAAUCAGCUUUAAUUUUGAGCACUUGAAGAAUGAGACGUGGAUCAGAAAAAACGUUGCAGUCAUCGAUGUGCAAUAUCUGAACGCGACCCGUAGGUCAGGAAAUAACAUCCACUGCAAAACAAGCCAGGGUACUAUUGGAAGCACAGUUUUUGUGGGCUACCCCCCUGAUGACCACGACUUGCAGUGUCAGACAGACCUGCAGUCUGUGACAUGUUUCUGGAAUAUAGGCCGGAUUACCGAUCUGUUUGGACUUCGGAAAACCAUCUAUACCUUAAAUGGCAGUAAAUGCACAAAAUCAAACCAGUGUAAUUUACGUGGGCACCCACCUUCUGGAGAGUCAACGUGGACCCUGGUUGCUGAAAACCCAUUGGGGAGGGUGGUGCUGAACCAGACGGUGGACCUGAGUCACAGAGUGGUACUCCAAGCUCCCCAGCAGCUGAAAAUACUGGAACGGACUUCUAGGAAUGCCAGGGUCUCGUGGAACUGGAACAUGUCGGUGGACGUCGACUUUGGGGUGCAGUGCGAAGUGCACCUAAACUGCAUCAAGGAUGACAGAGGGGAUCGUCCACUGCCCACUUCUCCUCCACCACGGAGGUACUCAGGAGUGGGCCUGAGCAGGCUGCUGCUGGAGGACCUGCUGCCUGAUACCAUGUACGAGCUCAAGAUGCACUGUGGGAAGCUGGAGAACUUCUGGAAUUGGAGCUCCUGUAGCUCAACCAGCUUCCGCACCACUGAGUACUACCCGGAUACCCCAGACCUAUGGGUUCAAAGAGACAGUAACAAUACUCUCUAUGUCAUGUGGAAGCCCCUCUCCUGGAGUAACGGGUGGCUUACAGAAUAUAAGGUGACCUGGAAGAACCUCACAGAUGGAAUGGAGCAAACAAGGAAGGUGGAACCAUCCUAUCAUACCACUGACAUCAACUUAGGGGAGCACAGCCCCCAUCACACUGUAAUGGUCACAGUCACUGCCUCCAACUCUGUGGGCUCCUCGUCUCCUGCUGUCAUCAUUGUCCCUGGGGGCCUGGGAGACCACAUGCUUGCCAUCUCCCGGGUGACCGGCACUGAUGGUGGGUUCGAGUUGUACUGGUCCCCACACAAUGGCACCACCUGUGGGUAUGUGGUGGAAUGGCACCCAGCUGACAUCAAGAAAGAUGUGGAGUGGCUGAAGGUGCCCGCAGGUCAAACCCACGCCCGCAUCGAAUCAGCCAGCUUUGUUGCAGGGAAGAAGUACAAUCUCACCAUCUACAACUGCCAAGCCAGCUUAGAGCUGCUGGAGAGGAAGGAAGGAUACAUACAGGAGCUAGUUCCAGCCGCACCUGUUCAGGAUCUGACCGUCACGACAAAGAGGACUGACACUGUGCUGUCUUGGGGCAGGAUUCCCCCGCAGAGCCACAGGGGGUUCAUCCGCGGCUACAUCAUCAGAUGUGACUCACCUGAUGUAAAAGAAGUGAAUAUCACUGAUCCUGAUGCCCUGGAAUACAGGUUUCUUGGGCUCCUCCCAAAUACCUAUAAGUUCACAGUGACGGCCUACACACAGAUUGGUGAAGGUGCACCGAAGGAGGUCUCCAUAAACAUUCCUAUAGACGCACACAAGGUCUUGAUGAUGAUCUUCAUCACCAUCGCGUUCAUCAGCUUCUUCCUGAUCAUCGUCACGAUCGUCUGCUACAGAUACAGGAGAUGGCUCAAAUUUAUGUUCCACUCUGAGGUGCCAAAGCCGAAGAUCACCAGCGAAUGGACAACAGAGAAGGGGGCAUUACUGAUGGUUACAAAGCCCUGUAUCCAUGACCAGCUACACAUUGUGGAGAAACAGGACAAGACAGCAAAGCUGAAGCUGAACAGAGAAAUGAGCUUCCCUGAAGAGGGACAGUAUGCCCCCCUGCAGUUCCUGGAGUCUUACAUGCUGGGGCUGAGUGACCAGCUCAGAGCACGGUCCACUCACAGCCCUGAGUCCCUCCCCUCAAGCCUCGCACAGUCUUCCAAAAGCCCUGGGUCCAAUGAGGUCACCUACACCAAAAUACAAAAUUUUCUUGAAGUGUCACCCUACAGGCCUGAGCCCCAGAUGAAGGCCCCUUACUUGGAGAUUUUGCCUACUUUGCCCAAAACCAUGGACAGCUACUUGCCCCAGCGCGCCAGUCAGGAAGACAGACCCCCCGCAGAGGACCACCUCACCAGGCCUGUUUGCACCAGCUCAUCCCCAUCCAGCCACCCCAAUCUGUCAUCUCACUCAGCACCCUCCCCCUGCUGUGCCAUUAGCAACCCCACCUACUGCCCUACAUUAACAACCCUGAAAACUGAAAAGAUGAUUAAGAUGACUGACCGCAUCGACAGUAUGAGUGUGUGAGAGUGUGGAGGGAUGGCCUUGGCUGAGAUAGAGGGACCUAUACCAUAUAAAUGGACACUUGGCAAGGAGCAGAUCUUGGGGUGUCAAAUUUGGUACCCUUGAUAAUUUCAAUGAAAAUUUCUAUGAAUUCUGUUCAUUUCACCUUUUAAUAAAUAAACUACUAUUUUGUCUGUAUAUAUAACAUUGUGUUUUUUACGCACAUUUUCUGUCUGCCAUCCAGUAAACAGUUACAUGAAGGAGCCUCUGACACGUGCAAGUGUGCAGAGUGCUCCGGUGUUGAGCUACUUUGUCGAGUGUUCUGUCGAGUUGAGCUACUUUAUCAAGUUAGGCUACCGUAGUGCUAAUCGAUAGCUCUAACCCUAACUCUUACCCUAACCCUAACCCCCCAAAAAACCCUAAAACCUAACCCUAAUCCCAAAACGGUGGAACUGCACGUGCGCAGAAAGGCCCGAUAGCACGUCUCGAUAGGUAGCUCAACUCGUCAGAACACCGGCCCUGCGUCUCCACAUGAAAAUUCUGUUUGUCGUGCCAGUGCACCCUCGAAACGGCGUUUUUGGUUAAUUAAAUGGGAUAAUCAAUGUGCACUAUCAAACUUUAUUAAAGGUGCUGUAUACUGUGAAUUUUAAAGACAAAACAAAAUAAAGCAGAAUUUUCCAUCA